CCAAGCCCUUUCUGCCUGAGUACUGAGAGCCUGUCCUCCAUGUUUUAUAAGUAUUGACAUAACACUGUGUUAACAAUGCAUCCACAGAGCUUGGCUGAAGAGGAGAUAAAGGCAGAGCAGGAGGUGGUGGAGGGGAUGGAUAUCUCCACUCGAUCCAAAGAAUUCUUCAUUGAUUUUCCUGAACGCCAUUUAAAGUACAUGCAUUCAGAGCUUUUGUGGAGGAAAGAAGAGAGAAGUGGCAAUCUAGGUGGAAAUCCUGGCUCUGCCGAACGCACAGCACAAAAAAGGAAGUUUCCCAGCCCUCCACAUUCCUCUAAUGGCCACUCACCACAAGAUGCAUCAACAAGUCCUAUAAAAAAGAAAAAGAAACCUGGUCUAUUGAACAGUAAUAAUAAAGAGCAGUCAGAACUAAGACAUGGUCCGUUUUACUAUAUGAAGCAGCCACUCACCACAGACCCUGUUGAUGUUGUACCACAGGAUGGACGGAAUGAUUUCUAUUGCUGGGUUUGUCAUCGGGAAGGCCAAGUCCUCUGCUGUGAACUCUGUCCUCGGGUUUAUCAUGCUAAGUGUCUGAAACUGACGGCGGAACCAGAGGGGGAUUGGUUUUGCCCAGAAUGUGAGAAAAUCACAGUUGCAGAAUGCAUAGAAACACAGAGUAAAGCUAUGACAAUGCUCACCAUUGAACAGCUAUCAUAUUUACUGAAGUUUGCACUACAGAAAAUGAAACAGCCAGGGACAGAGCCAUUUCAAAAGCCAGUCUCACUGGAUCAACACCCAGAUUAUGCAGAAUAUAUCUUUCAUCCAAUGGACCUUUGUACCUUAGAGAAGAAUGUUAAAAAGAAAAUGUAUGGUUGCACUGAAGCAUUUUUGGCUGAUGCCAAAUGGAUUUUGCACAACUGCAUUAUUUACAAUGGGGGAAAUCACAAAUUGACACAAACAGCAAAAGUCAUAAUCAAAAUCUGUGAGCAUGAGAUGAAUGAAAUUGAAGUAUGUCCGGAAUGUUAUUUAGCUGCUUGCCAAAAAAGAGAAAAUUGGUUUUGUGAGCCUUGUAGCAAUCCUCAUCCUUUGGUCUGGGCUAAACUCAAAGGCUUUCCAUUCUGGCCUGCUAAAGCACUGAGGGAUAAAGAUGGGCAAGUUGAUGCCCGUUUCUUUGGCCAACAUGACAGGGCCUGGGUUCCAAUAAAUAAUUGCUACCUCAUGUCUAAAGAAAUUCCUUUUUCUGUGAAAAAGACUAAAAGCAUCUUCAAUAGUGCAAUGCAAGAAAUGGAGGUUUAUGUUGAUAACAUUCGUAGAAAAUUUGGAGUAUUUAAUUACGCACCUUUCCGGACACCAUAUACUCCCAACAAUCAAUACCAAAUGUUAUUAGACCCUGCAAACCCAACUGCUGGAACUGCAAAGACAGACAAACAAGAGAAAAUCAAACUGAACUUUGAUAUGACAGCAUCACCCAAGAUCCUAAUGAGCAAGUCUAUGCUGAGCAGUAGUACUGGUCGUAGGAUUUCCUUGACAGAUAUGCCCCGGUCACCAAUGAGUACAAACUCAUCAGUUCACACGGGAUCUGAUGUUGAACAGGAGGCAGAGAAGAAAGCAACUUCCAGUCAUUUUAGUGCCAGUGAAGAGUCCAUGGAUUUUAUUGAAAAAAAUACAGCUUCUCCAGCAGCAACAAGAACAGGUCAAGCAGGGAGCUUGUCAGGCAGCCCCAAACCUUUCUCUCCUCAAGCGUCAACACCAAUUUCUUCUAAGCAAGAAAGGACCUCCACUCCAGGAAGCAUUCUGAAUCUUAAUCUUGAUCGUAGCAAAGCUGAGAUGGAUCUGAAAGAGCUGAGUGAGUCAGUCCAACAGCAGAGCACUCCUGUGCAACUGAUUUCACCAAAACGACAGAUACGUAGUAGGUUCCAGCUUAAUCUUGACAAGACAAUAGAGAGUUGUAAAGCACAACUUGGAAUAAAUGAAAUAUCUGAAGCUGUUUAUACUGCAGUAGAGCACAGUGACUCUGAAGAGUCUGAAAAAUCCGAUACCAGUGACAGUGAAUAUAGUGAUGAGGAUCAGAAAUCAAAGAAUGAUCAAGAAGAUGGAGAAGACAAGGAGGGUGCAAGAAGUGACAAAGAAUCAUUAAGCUUGAAAAAAAAACCUAAGCUCCCAGCACAGAAUGAAGACAAGGAGGACCUUAAAAGCACAAGUCCAGAAGUGGAGAAAACAGACGACCUGGUAAAAGAAAAGGCAAUUACAGACACUGAAAAAGAAUUUUCUGAAAAGGGAAAAAGUUUACAGCAUUCUGCAAAAGAGAAACUGAGGGGGAAAGAUGAAACAGACUCUCCAACUGUGCAUCUAGGACUGGACUCUGAUUCUGAGAGUGAACUUGUCAUCGAUCUAGGAGAUGAACAUUGUGGCCGUGAAGGAAGGAAAACCAAGAAAGAAUCUAAAGAACCUCCUCCUAAACAAGAUGUUGUAGGUAAAGCUCCACCUUCCUCGAGUGCAAGCACCCAGCCUCUACCAGAAACUCCAGUACUUACCCGCUCUGCAGCCCAGACUCCACCAGCUGGUGUGACAGCAACUACUGGUGCUUCUUCUACUGUUAAUGCUCCAUCUGCAGCCACUGGCAGCCCUGUGAAAAAGCAGAGGCCUCUGCUGCCUAAGGAACCUGCCCCGGCCGUGCAGCGAGUGGUGUGGAAUUCUUCAAAUAAAUUUCAGACAUCUUCUCAGAAAUGGCACAUGCAGAAGGUGCAGAGACAGCAGCAACAGCAGCAGAGCCAGCAGUCUCAGUCACAGCAAGCCCAGUCCUCUCAAGGGACAAGAUAUCAGACAAGACAAGCAGUUAAAGCUGUGCAGCAAAAAGAGAUCACCCAGAGCACUUCCACAUCCACUAUCACCUUGGUUACAAGUACUCAGCCUAUUUCUAUGGUUACCAGCUCUGGAUCUGCAAGCACACUUUCUUCCUCUGUUAAUACAGACUUGCCAAUUGCAACAGCUUCAGCUGAUGUGGCUGCAGAUAUUGCUAAAUACACUAGCAAAAUGAUGGAUGCCAUCAAAGGAACAAUGACUGAAAUAUAUAAUGAUCUUUCAAAAAAUACUACCGGAAGUACAAUAGCUGAGAUUCGGCGUUUGAGGAUUGAGAUAGAAAAACUUCAAUGGUUACACCAACAGGAACUCUCAGAAAUGAAGCAUAACCUAGAACUGACAAUGGCUGAAAUGCGCCAGAGUCUAGAACAGGAACGAGACCGUUUGAUUGCUGAGGUGAAGAAGCAGCUGGAACUGGAAAAGCAGCAAGCAGUGGAUGAAACUAAAAAGAAGCAGUGGUGUGCUAACUGCAAGAAAGAGGCCAUUUUUUAUUGCUGUUGGAAUACCAGCUACUGUGACUAUCCCUGCCAACAAGCUCACUGGCCUGAGCACAUGAAGUCUUGCACACAGUCAGCUACUGCAACGCAGCAAGAAACAGAUACUGAAAUUAGCACAGAAACAUUAAAUAAAUCAUCCCAGCCCAGUUCAAGUGUGCAGCCCACACCCACGGAAACAGUCAGCACCCCUAAGGAAAAGGAAGGUUCAGCUGAUAAAAGCAAAGAGAGUGUUACAGACCCAUCAGUGUAGCUUCUGGUCUGGAUCUUUCGAUACAAGUUGCCUUCUGAUAAGCAAUACUGACUGCAGCACUUCCAAGCCCUUCUUGCCUGGGGGUUCAGAGGCCAAGCUCAAGACCUGCAUUCAAAUCAACUUACUUUAUCACAACAGACUGCCACUAGGGUACCACCAUGUUCCAUAACACUGAUACAACAGUUCACCUGGAUCUGCAGUUACGAAAUCCUCCAUAGCAUCUACUCUGAUAGUAUUCAGUAGGCAAGGAUGAGCUAAUGCUCUAAUAAAAGGGACUUAACAUUGCAUAUAUAGAAAAUGUUUAUAGAGGAGAUUCUGCUUUAUAGGUAGGGCUUGACUAUUAGCAAUUUCAGCAUCGUUUUUCUUCUGCCCUUGCAAGAUUUAUUAAAUGAAAAAUUUUAUUUGGGGGGGCUUAUCCUUCAAACCCUUACACAUGAUCCCCACAUCAGUAGGAGCCUUGUUGUAUUUUAAAAUAUUAAAAGCAAACUAAUUUUGUAGUAUUGUGAUUCCAGCAUGAUGUCUCAUUGAGAUAGUCCUAUAGAAUUUGGAAGUGUAGUAAACUAGAGAGCUGUGUUCAUUUCUUGACACUUUUGCUACUGUCUGGUGUUAGAUCUCUGGGCUUGACAUGUCAUCUAAGGGAGUAACUUGGGAAACAGAUUUGAAGAGGAAAAAGGAACUGCUGUUCUACCUGAAUGCUUUGGUGGAAUUAGUUAAACUCUGGCUCAGUCGAUGUUCACAUGCAUUGUUUGUGGCAGCACAACCUUUGUAUUACUGGGGAAAUAGGGGAUGGGAGAAGAUCAAUCAUCUAAAACUUUAGCCAGGGAAUAUUUCAGUUAUACAAAUCUGGAAUUCCUUUCACAUAGAUGUCCUACCUGAAACAUCAUGCUGUAUACAUUGAUCAUGUUCAUAAUUCAAAUUUUGUUUUAUUAACAAAGAAGUAACCUGUGAAUUCAUGAAGAUGCAAAUUUUUAACACAAAACAUCCAGCAUAAAUUUCAUACAAUAAUGAUAACAACUAGGUGGAAUUUAUGUAAAAGCUGAGACUUCUACUGAGGUUGCCUGUGCUGUCUCUGCAGAUAGCAACAGGUGUGACAAGCAACCAGCCUAUAAAACUGGUCCAGGUACCGCAGACCACCACCUAUAUUCCAACUACUCAACCUACAAUUGUAAGUACAAAAUCAGUCUGCAGUAGUACUGCUCCUGGCAUUAAAACUGCUCAGUAUUUCUGGGGGGUUGUCUCCAUCUGCUGUUCUAUCAAGAUAUGAAUUCACUGGUACAGUCUCAACUUGCAGUGCAAAAUGUCAUAUUUUGCUAUGCAACAUUCCACCCUUUCGUGUCAUCAUUAAUUAUUACAAGGAUUCAGAAUUGUCAUUAAGUCUAGCAAAGGCACUGAGGACAGUCAGAUUUCCAUUUUACAUGGUUAUGUUAAUUAUUUGUCCGUUUCCUGUAUAUACUUGACCACAACAUUAAUGUAAAUAUAUAGAAUUCAUUUUGAAUAUCUUUUAAAUAUCUUUUUGUCUAUGGUAUCCUAAAGAGAUUUAAUUAAUUCUGAGCUAUGCUUGAUAUUCCUGUGACAUCUCAGUAAUUACAAAAGAAAAUAUGCAUUCAUCAGUAGUGUGUCUCCCACGCAGUCUUGCACAUUAGCAUUAUGAAAUUAUGACAAAUAGCAUUGGAAUCAGACCUGUUUUUUUCCAUCAAAGACUUAACCAAGGACACUUGAAUCCCCCGGUGUCAGUCACAAGAUAUGGGCCAGAAGUGAGUUUGAUUUUUGUGUUUUAUGCACCAUGAUAUCCCAUUCUUUCAACCAGCCAUGGUCUGCAGUGCUCCCUUCAGGGUCAGCGUGGCAUCGCAGCUGACAAUUCUCUUGCCAGAAGGAAAAGAUGCUGACACUGCCCUGGUCACUGACUGACACCUCUGCCUCACUGGGGGUUCAACAGAGUGUCUGAAUAACUGGUUCAUUUUCUGACUGAAGCCGGAUAAUUUCUAACAGUAACUGUUCUAGUUUAACAAUGUACCUUAAUCACACUGUCACUCUGGGGCCUGUCUUUCUCCUUGGGUACACACACCCACAUGCACACAUCCCCCACCUCCAGCUGCAGGAUGUGCCUGUAUGUCUGGGAAUACAUGCACACACAGUAUUCCACAGACACUGUAUUCCACACUAAUGUUACUGCUCUUAGUGGCAUCACGACUUCCACAUUCCUAGCAGCAUUUUAAUGCAACUCCUUUUGUCUCAGCUGAGAGCACUGUGCACCUUUGCAGCAUUGGCCCCGAGUUGCUUGGACUGAAUUACCACAACAACAAGGUUUAAUAUGUGUUUUAAAAAUCAAAUAGCAGACAUCGAAGACAUUAAGCUCUUGUGUGAAUAGCUGAGAGGUUGUAAGAUCUUAAGGUGCUUUUGUGUAAUAUGCAGAAAAAGGUUACCCUCGGUUUUCUGUAAUACAAAGUGUUUUGAGUUCUGUAAAGCAUAAUUGGAAUGUCUGGAAGGUUUCAGCCUUUAUUUGUGCAUGUUUAAAAUUUUGUACACUUGCAUUAGUCUUGCACAGCUACAGACACCUCUGUAUUCAAAUAACUGCACGUGCAAUUUCAAUACUUUUAAACCUUAGUGCAUGUUUAAAUGUAUGCAAAAUGUACAUAUGUGUAAAACUGGCAGAGGUGGAAAAUUUACCUCUCAGGGAAUGAUCUUAACUCAUUUAAGGAGUCUCACACAUUCCAUAUCCUGAUCACUAGAAGAACUGAAACUUAGGUUUUUGGUUUUUGUAAGUGUGUAUAUUUAAAAGGUGACUCUGGUAACCUGAAUUUCCCCACCUGUAGUACUAACAGUGACUUACAUCAUGACUUCCUUGGGUUCAAUUUGCACUUUUUUUCCAACUAGAGAUUUCUUCCUCUGAAUUACUGUGGGUUUUCUGGGUACCAUUUUCAUUGAACCCUUUACACACAUCUGAAAUCAUUACAAAAUGACAGUAAUCUUGAAUUUAUUUAGCAAAUUGGUUCCAUGUUUGUUUGUUGUUUUGUUGUUGUUGUUGUUUUUUCUUUCUGCAGUUAAAAUAAUGUGAAAAUAUUAAUUCAUCGUCUUUCCAUUCCAGGGAAUGGAAUGAGUAGGCUUCUGGAAGGCACAGACUUUGUCACAAAGGAGCUGAUAACACUCUAGGCUGCAAUCCAUCUCCAUAGGGAUACUCACCAUCUUGUUGAAUACCAUUAAGAGACUCAUAUGGUUUCCUAAAACAGUAUGGGGCAACAUUGGGCUUCAGUGAACCUGUAUCUCUUCCGUGUUCUCUUUGGAAUGUCACACCACCAUCAGGGGGAAGAUCUGUGCAUCCCUUUCAGCUUCCUCAAAAUCUCUUCCAGUUUCUUCCACAAAAUACUGAGAACUGAAAUGGAUGCGUUUGUUUGCUCACCAGUUGUGCACCACUGGAACUGUAUGAAAACACACUUGCAGUUUGUAUGGUGUAGACACUGCUAGACUUCCUCACAUUUUUUGAGGAAGGUUAAGAUACAGACUUAAGAUUCAAUAAAUCCUUUUCCAGAUCUUCCAGAGUGAUGUGACCUUGACCAGAUUGCUUAACGUUCUUGUGCCUUUGUCUCUGCAUCUGUAGAAUCUAUUACCAUCUAUAGAGAUAUCCUGAAACUUCAUUUGUCAAGAUUUAUAAAUCAUGAUCUGUAUGAUGGAAGUGAAAAGUUUAUUCUAUAUUAAUAUUUUUACAGGGUGUAUAAGACAGUUCCCAGUAAUGCUGAUGUUUUUGUUAUUGAUUUGUGCAAAAACUAACAAGUAUUUUUUGUUGAAAUGGAUGUUCUUUCUUUGUUCUCUUCUGUGUAGACUGAAUGCAUGGGGGAGUUCUUUUUUGGGGAAAAAUAUUUAAGUAAUGUGUAACAAGAAUAUACUUAAAAACAAGGGUAUUUUUGUACUCCAGUUCAAUUUGUCAAUUUUUUUUUCAAACAACAGAGAAUUUUCUUAGCCCUUUUUCCUCUUCCCAUGCAUUAGUUUGGGAAGAAUACAUAACUGGAAGUAGUAACUAUGAAAACCUAAUUCUCCAAGCACAGGCAGAGUGUGCACAGUACCUGCAGGACCACCUGUCCCUGUAAUUAAAUAGCAGUAAUAGUAACUUAAAAGCCCUCCUGCUUAUAGGAAAGUAAUGCACUGCUUCCUACCCUGGAAUGAGGUAAUACUGCAGUAGAAAAGGUAUUAAUUCUUGCACAAAAUCGGAACUUGUUCUGGAUUUUCCCUGGAAAACAAACCUCUAUUUCUGUGGUCAUGUUUAUGUGACCUUUAACAUAACAAUAUGUUUCUCUUGGUUUUAAUCCACAGACCAUUCCUGUAGUGGUAAGUCCUUCUGCUGGGACAGUGGCAAUGAGAACUGGAGUUCAGUAUGUUCAGACCACAAUGCCAGUCCAAGUACGAAGAGUCUAACUGCUAACAAGAAGCCCAUACAAUUGUUGGAAUAAAUAUAUCUAAUAGAAAUGUGAAAAAUAAACACAGUUCUUUGCAUUAACCUCAAAGGUUCAGACUUUAGCUUUGUAUAUGUGUACAAAGCAUUAACUACACUACAUUAAUGUAAAGCAUUAGCGCUGGCUUAGAAAAGCUGAGGAGAGGUAAGAUCCAUAUUCAAUCUAUGCUUCUUUUGUAAAUAAUGUACAAUUUGUGGAUGUCAUUAGAGUACCAUCUCCUUUUUAUAUUUGUAUUGACUUAACUUAUAAAGAGGGUUUGAAGUUGGAAAAGGAAGGUUUAAAACAGCCUUAUCACAAGCUAACACUGAAACUGGUCUUGGGAAACUGCAGUUAUGCAUCAAAUAAUAAAAUUGUGAGAAUCUGAACAACUUGAUUUGCAUUUGGAUUGAAAAAAUUUCUGCACUUUGGAACUCUUGUAGAAUUUCUUUGAGCAACCAAGUGAUGAGGGGUAUCUUUUUUCAGUGAGUUGUACUAGGCAAAUUAUGGCAUUUCCAAUCUGUGGACCUGAAAUACGUAAUGACUUGCAUUGUUGUUUUUUUUUUUUUACAGUGACCAGACUGUUGAUGUUUAUAUUGUUUACAGGUUAAAAUUAAGUUUAAAUUUCAUUCAGUCUAAUAUCAGAAAAGUUGGAGAGUGUAAUACCUGCUGGUUGUAGCAUGAUUUCUAAUCAUUUAUAUCAAAGAUUGAGAAAAGUCAAGUUUGUUCCUAUGCUUCACAGCUCAGUUUUGUUUGUUUGUUUGUUUUUUUAAAAAAAAGGACUUUGAACGAGAACUAGGUGUGGAGUAAAAACAUGGAACCAUGGGCAAAAGGACUUUUGAUGCUGGGCCAGAGCAUGUCUUAUUUAUAUGAUGGAGUUUAUGUUUUUAUGUAAGCAUGAAACAGUACAGUAUGAGAGAAAGUAACCCCUGAAAAUGCUGUCUGUUACACUUAUACUGUAGUACCAUUUUGUAUGUUGUGUAAAACGAACGCAUUGAACAAAGCAAAGGUGAUGUAUGUAUAUGAGCAAAUUAAUUGUAUGAUAUCAUUCCAGUACAUUCUGUUGUACAUUUUAGUCAUGUUGAUUUCUCCCAUUGUUUAUAAAAGAAUGCGGUUUGUACAGUCUCCAGCUAGUACCCAUAUUAGAGGGAAAAAAGUAUUAGGGGGAGAAAGAAGCGAGAACAGAAUAUUCGUGAAUUGCAGUCGUGUCAAAAAUAGCCUAGCUGGCCUUAUUUGUGAAGCAUAAUUGCUUUUAGCAUAUGGAAGUAUUUUUUCACAUUUUCUUUGUAUAAAAUUUGUAUUAAACUUAAAUAUCUUUUUUGACAA